AACGAUACAUGCAUUCAAUGCACACAACGUUUGUGUCGACACAACAACUCCUGAGGAGAUAACUGCAGACAAACAGCUGUCACGCGUCGACAGUCACCGCAAACCACACACACAUCACCCAUACCUCAAGCCAUACCUCGCGAGCACGUCGUCAGCGAUGUCUGAAUCGGUGGAUCUGCGCGAAGAGCUGCCAUACCGUGUGGAGUACGCCAAGAGUGGUCGCGCCUCCUGUAAGUCAUGUAAGGAUCUGAUCGCCAAAGACGCCAUCCGUAUGGCAGUUAUGGUUCAGUCGCCCUUCUUCGACGGCCUGCAACCCAAUUGGCAUCACUUCGAGUGCUUUUUCGAGAGGUGGCGCCCGCGGGUCGAGGAGAUCGCGCACUACGCGAACCUCAAGUACGACGACCAGAAGCGGGUCCAGAAGGCCAUCGACGAGGCCUCGGGUGUCGGCACGACUGCCGGCGCCGCCAAGUCUUCGGCCAAAACCAAUGGCACGAAAGGCAAGCGUAAGAAAGGCGCCGACCCUGUGGUGGACCCGUCGACGGCCGCCACGCGUCUCACGGAGUUUACCGUCGAGUACGCGAAGUCCAACCGAUCCAAGUGUCGGUUGUGUGAGAAUACGAUCGUGAAGGACACCAUCAGGAUCUCCAAACUGGACAGAGAGUCGGCCGACGCCAAGAGGUACGGACCCCUUUCGCGAUGGUUUCAUCCCGAGUGCUUCGUGAGCGCCAGGGAAUCGCUCGCGUAUUACGCCAGCGCUCAGUCGCUGCCAUUCUUUGAUAAGCUCUCGGAUGAGGACCGCAAAGAGCUCGUGAAGAAGAUACCGACAAUCCCUCCGCCGGUUGGCGACGCUGUCGACGGCAGCGGCGGAGACGUAACCAAUGGGUCGCCGCCGAAGAAGCCGAAGAUAAGCAAAGCCGACGACAAGAAGCUUAAGAAACAGUCGGAUCUGCUCUUCAAGUACAGGGAGUUCGUGGAAACGAUGCGCAAACCCGAUGUGAUUGAGCUCAUGGAGCACAACAAGAUAGAGGUGCCCGAGGGGUCGGCCAAGUUUGACCGGUUGGCCGACGCCAUGGCCUUUGGAUCGUUGAACAAGUGCCCGGAGUGUAAGAAGGGUCAGCUGGUGUUCCGCAUCAGUGGCUACAUCUGUACGGGUAAUAUCACGCAGUGGGCGAAGUGCGAGUACCAGACCACGGAUGCGCCCAAACGUAAGCCAUUCAAAGUGCCCAAAGGGUUGCCCGAAGAGUACCCGUUCCUCCAGAAGUAUAAAUACGAGGCGAGAGAUCGUGUCUACGAUCCGGUGCUCUCGGAAGCCGUCAAACAGCCAAAGCCGUCCACUUCUGGUGCGUUCAGUGAUGGCGCGCUCCCCAAGAAGGAGGAGGCAAACGGAGCUCCCGUUCCCCCUCUGAAUGGGUAUAAUAUAGGAUUGGUUGGAAGGGGUGUGAAGAAAACGAUACUCAAGCCGCGGCUCAAGAAGUUGGGCGCGACUCCCGUGGACCGCAUCGACAGAACCACUCUCUGUAUUAUCUCAACGAAAGCCGAAGUCGACAAACAAAGCGCGCAAAUAGUUGAGGCCAAAGAGCUACUGAUCCCUAUUGUCAGCGAAGAGUGUCUUAAGGCGGUGGAGGACCUGUCGGAUCCGAUUCAAGCGAUUAGUCUGAACCGUUUGGACGACUUUGAGGUCGACGUCGAGAAGAGGUUUUCCAAUCUGAAUGUGAAGGAGAAGAUGAAGACGGCCUUCAAGUCUGGCGCCGGAUCUGGUCGAUUCGAGAAGAGUGUCGGCAAACAGAAGUUUGUCUUAAAGGACGGCAAUGUCGUGGAUCCGGAGUGCGAGGUGGCGGACGUGACCCACAUCUACAAACAGGGGACAGACGUGUAUAGUGUGGUGCUGUCCCAAGUGGACCUGAGCCGCAAUAAGAACUCAUUCUAUAAGCUGCAGCUCCUGGAGCACGACACCAUGAAAACCAAGUUUUUCGUGUUCAGGUCGUGGGGUCGAGUGGGCACUACCAUCGGCGGUACCACUCUUGAGAAGUUCAAGACAGUGUCGGACGCCAUCGACUUCUUUACGGAUAAUUAUCUGGAAAAGACGGGCAAUGAGUGGACUCUACGCCAUAAGUUCAAGAAACAACCGAAUCUAUACUUCCCGGUGGACAUCGACUUCGGUGGCGAACAGAGCGAACAAAUGGCUAAACUGGAGGUCGGGAAGCGGUCGAAACUGCCGCUCUCUGUCCAGGACUUCAUUUGCUCCAUAUUUGACGUCCAGAAGAUGAAGGAACAGAUGCUUGAGUUCGAGUUGGACUUAGAGAAGAUGCCAUUAGGGAAGCUCUCGAAGAAGCAACUGUUGAGCGCCUGCUCUGUGCUCAAGGAGUUGUCUCAACUCAUUGACUCUAAACCGCCGAAUAUGACAAAAGUGAAGUCAGCGACCAAUCGGUUCUUUACGCUCAUUCCGCACAACUUCGGCACCGAUAGACCGCCGGUCAUAGACAGCGAGGACAUGAUUAAGACGAAGAUGGAUAUGUUGGACGCGCUGCUCGAUAUUGAGAUGGCCUACGAUAUGAUCACCAGCGGUGGUGAGGCCGUGGAGGGCGAGGACCCCAUCGAUCAGCACUACAAGAAACUGAACACUACUAUCGAGCCGUUGACGAAGGAUGAGGAGGAAUACGAGAUCAUUGAGAAGUACCUGAAGAACACUCACGGAUCCACCCAUUACUUCAGUCUGGAUAUCGUCGACGUCUUUAAGGUCGAACGCCAGGGA